AUGGGGUUAAAAAAAACAAAAACUUUAAGUAGGCUAAUCCUUAUUUUGACUAAAAGGUUUCAAGAAGCAGGAGAUCCUAGUAGACGUUAUCCUCAUAAUCUCUUCGCAAAAACUAAUGGUGUCUACCUAGUUGGUGAAGACGAUAAAAUCAUUACUGCCAAUGAAGUGGACUGUCUCAUCGCGUGUAUAGAAGAGAGAGACUUUGUCUGCCAUUCUGUUGACUUGAAAGAGGCCGACCAAAGAUGUGUAUUAAGUCGGAAAGAUAUUAGUAUGGAUGGAGUGUCAGUGCAAACUGAUAGCAGUUAUGUCCACUGGAAGCGGCUAAUCGACAGCACGAAUCCAUCGAUUGAAGGUUGCCCUUACGACUUGACUAGAUCGACCAUUACAGGUACAAACUACACAACCGUCCAAUGGGAGCCUCCUGUGUUUCAAGACAGCUCGGAAAUCACAUCGAUAAUACAGAAUCAUAGCCCAGGCGACCGGUUCUAUAUUGGAUCUACUAUAGUCAGUUACACAGCCACCGAUGCAUUUGACAACAGUGCAACUUGUACAUUUACCGUAAUUAUUAAAGACACAGAAAAACCCGUUUUAUCUAGAUGCCCUGAAUCAAUCAACUAUGUCAUUCCUGAUUACUACACAUCGGAGCAAACCGAAGACAUUUCCUGGGAGCCACCAUCUUGCAUGGAUAAUUCAUAUAGAUAUAAUUUAACAGCUUCUCAAGAGCCAGGCUCUAUUUUCUACAAAGGCGUCACUGAUGUGUCGUAUACCUGCAGCGACGCGUCAUCGAACGUCCAAAAGUGUAUAUUCACUGUCAAUGUUAAAACUACUGAUGAAUUGUCUAAAAUCGACAUCAGUAUAGAGUUGCUGAAUGUUGCGUACUCCGACGCGUUAGCUAAUCAAGAUUCAGAGCAGUUCCACGCGUUAGAACACGACAUAGUGUCUGUGAUUGAUGACUUGUAUAAAGAUGAGGAAAACUUUGUCAGCAGUGUUGUCAACAUGUUUAGUUCAGGGAGCGUGUUAACAAACUUGCUGCUCACCUUUUUUGACAAUGUUGACGCUGAAAUGGAACGUUAUUAUUUAGACAUACUGCUACAACAAACAGUGACAGGUGAAUUGGGAGAUUUCAUUGUUGGCGAUGUGCUCGUCCUUGGUGGGAAUGGUGAAUAUGUGACGCUGGAUGCAUGUUAUACCCUCCCGUGUCCUGAUGAAAUGGUUUGCCAGGCAUCUGGUCUGAACUGUAACGCAGUGUGUGAGGAUAACGCAGAUUACUGUCUGAAUGAUGCAAGAUGCGUCGCCGAGGGUAAUCUAAUAGGAUGCACGUGCUCAAGCUCCGACUACUAUGGUGCACGAUGUCAGAUUAUUGACAAAUGGAGUCAGGCCGAAAUAGCUGCAGUAAUUUUUGGUGGCUUAUGGGGUGUCAUACUGGUUACUCUACUCUUCUUGUUCGUAACUUGUAAAUGUAUUGAACGCAUCCAGCAACCAAAAGCCCAUAAUUCAACCGAGAGUGUGUUGAUUGAGAAAACGAACUAUGCCAUAGAAAACAAGGCGUAUAUUGUGGACCCGUCCGCUGAUUUGCCAGAGGCGAUUGACGGUAUUGACGAGAAUGCUGUUAGCGAGGUAGAUGGGUCCGCAAUGUAUGACAACAACGAAGACGAUUUGGAUGAAAGAAAAGACACAUAUCAUUAUACUGGCUCAAUGGAAGAUUACAAAAUGGAUUCUAUAUCGGGCUCUGGCAAUCAGACCCCGUCAAUAUCAGACUCUGUUCAUAAGGCCCCGUCGAUAACAGACUCUGCCCCAUCGACGUCGCGCUCAGGUAGUCGAGAACCUUCAACAUCAGACUUCGCUAGUCGAUCCCAGUCAAUACCUGGCUCUAAUCGGACCCCGUCAGUAUCGGGCUCUGCUAGCCAAGCUCCUUCGACGUUGUCAGGCUCUACUAGUCGGGUCCAGUUGAUAUCCUAACACUGUCGGUCACCAUGAUUUUAUUUAAUAGCUUGCCGAGAUCCUAAUCUCAAUCAUUUGGCUCUCAACAAGGAUCUUGGGGUAUUAUGUGUAUUUAUUAUUUAAAAUUCUGUAUUUCACGGAAACAUAAAGCCUCUGCUUUGGUUUUUUAACUAAAAUGAAAUAGGCCUACUUAUAAUUGUCAAAAUAAUGUAUUAGGCCUUUUGGUUUUUGCAAGUAGGCCUGUUAAAGACAUUUGAAACAUUCUCAACAAAAACCACAGUUCUUUCCAGAAUUAUACCAGGGAGAUGUAAAAAAUAAUAUACGGUACCACCGUAGGCCCGAACCGCAAGCAAACAAAUAGACCGCUCGGUCAUCGGUUGAGAGCGGUGUAACAUAUAACCGUAUCAUUCGGGACUCAGUGAGUUUGUCUUUCCCUAUAAGUAACGUUCCUACUGAAUUCGACACUCCCCAGGCCGAAUUCUCUAAACGGGGUGUGGGGGGGGGGGGGCGAAAUCCCCAUUGAAUUUCCAAGCUCAAAAUAACUAAGAUUUUUCCAGGCCAAUUACAGGAGGCCUAACUUUUGACACGAGGCCCAAAAACCACUGCAUCAACCGUCACUUGUCAUCGAAAAGAAAGUGUUGUUAUAACACAGGAAAAAAAAAUCCCAAAUACAGUAUAUCAAGCAGUUAUAUCAACAGAGGUGAUAUGGCUAUAUUAAUUUACAUUUGUCCUCCUGUCGCUCACUGAUACAAAAAUAACCAUUUUAAAAUCUAUGAAAAGUGAGGUAGAGUAUAACUAAUUAAAUUCUGUUGUUUGUAUAAACUAUUCUUUUUUUCUUGUGAUAUGAAGUGAAGAAGCCUUGAAUAAUUAAAUCGUGUCAUUUGUAUUUUCUUUCAUCUAUAAAGAGAAUAUUAAAAUAACUCUAGUUUGAACUCUUGUCCUCCACGGUAUAUAUAUAAAAAAUCCACCAUGACAUUUUCUACUUAUCUGAUGAUUGAAAGUGCAACAGCCUAUUAAUAAUUACCAGUCGGUUAGCCACUUGUGUGUUCUCUGAAGCAUGGGAAGUCUUUCAGACACUUGGUACUCUUUCAAAUUUCAGGUGGAGGGCUGAUACAAAGUCACAAUAGCUCAUUGUCUUUAUGGAUGAGUACGUUUAAACCUUGGUUCCGUGUGCAAUAUUGCACUUGUAUAAAUAUUUUCAUUUCUUAAAUAUUGAUGUUUGCAAAAUAUCACGUUACAGAAUGAGACAAAUUGCAAGCAUAUCUGUUUCUCUAUUUUACUAUUUCCCUAAGAGAAGAGGCUGUACUCAGUGAACAAAGGUUAUUUUUAUAAACAUUACCUUUUCUUCACCAUUGUAUGAUCCGUACAAUGGUUAAUGGUUAUAUUCUAUGGCGCAAAUUAUUAGUCACUAAGCUAUAAAAUAACGUAAAAGCAUAAAACCAUUAAAAAAAAAAUAGGGCCACAUUGUAUUGGUAUUUAAAAAAAUGAGACAAUUAAAUUUAGUAAAUUCAAUAAAGUAGGUCUGUUAUAUAUUCAUAAAAUGUGUCGAAAAGGAUUUAAACAAUGCAACAAUAAAUAUAGGCCUAUUAGAUAUUUUAAUUGAAUUCAAAUAAGUAUCUAGGCUGUUUACUGGGGAGAUAAGGUUACUGCAACGCGCAUCAUUCUGUUUACAGUGAAGCAUUAUGUGAAAUGUAUCAAGCAGGCCUAGUAUCAGGAUACCGUUUCUCGAACAAAGUUUAAGUACAACAUUUUAUAACUUUGUUCAACAGAGUUUAAUGUUUUAUAACAAAAAAGUGUAUGUGCAUAGAUUUCAGUUGCUUUGAAAAUAUAUAUUUAAACCUACAUCUUAUUCUCUGCAACAAAGGCAUUUAAAUACUUCACAGAAACAACAUUCAUAAAAUGAAAGGACCAAUUAAGGCUGUUCGCAUGAAACAGGGGUGGGGGGCCGGGGUGUUUUUCUGAUUGUCAUGAAUCAAGAAUAUGAAUUAAAAGAUGCUACGCCUGUUUAAAACUAGCCCGAUGUCACGAUGUUACGAUAGUUAUUAUAUUAAAUCUAUGCUUGUAGUCUCUAGGCAUGAAUUUUUAUUGGGAAUAGCACUUUCAUGCUCAUAAGCGAAACUAAUAUAGUAAAACAACUGUUACUCAGAAAACCUUUAGCCCUAGUGAAUUUUAUUUACAAAAAUAAAAUUAGUUUGUUGAUAGAUAGUACAAAUAUGAUGAAUUAUUUUAUAUAUUUGUAAAAGGUUUUUGUCUAUUUUUAAUGUUAUUGCGCUCAGUUAUGUGUUUAGGCCUAUAGAGGAUCCCAAUGGAAGUACCUUUUUUCGUGUUAUCCUCACAGUUCUGUUUAAUGGUUAUGAUCGAAUAUAUUAUUUAUGUUGAGUUCCAAAUAAUCAAUAUUAUUAGCAUACAGUUACCGUUACCAAACUUGCCAAGUUGUUGAUAAAAUACGGUACCGGUAACAAACAGUAACUACUAUAAUUUAUUACAAAUUGGUAUAUUUUGUGAAGAUGUAUAUAUUUAAAAAAAGAAAACUGAAAGAAGAAAAUUUAUAUAGCAGUGAUUAUGGUUUAGAACAUUACACGUAAGUUUAUACCGCUGUUUAUGUGAUCAACCUGAAAUCACAUUGCGAAGUUAUGUUUUGUUAUGACGAGGAAUAAGUCUUAAUAAAUUAUUACGGUACUGAU